AUGCCAAGCACGAGUAUUGAUAUUGUAGCCUUCUCGAUUCUUAUCAAUCCAACACUCACCAAUACAACAGCAGACUCAAUUUCGAAUAGUAGCUCUAGGCUUUCGUUAAGAUUCUCCUCAUCAGGUUCUUCAUCAAGUGGAUCAAAUCCUAAUCUCAGAGCAAGUACUUCACAAGGCUCACUCAUGGAACUCUCCAUCUCCAAGAAGCCUAUAGAAUCACAAUUAGAAUGGAUAGGUUGGUUAAAGAAGGCUUUCCUCGGUUUUGUUGAGAAGAAAGUUCACAAAUCAAUGGAAAUGGAGUUGAAAAUAUUAUUCCUUGAGCACUUUUUGAAUCCACUAACAGAGAAGGUAGCCUGGAAAACGAGAAGUGAAGUGCUUUCCAUGUUGAAUUUAUUUUGUGAACUUGUAUUGGAAUGGAUGGUACCUUUCGAAUGGAUUGAAAUUGAAAAGACGAAAGAUGUCAAGAACUUGAAUUAUUAUACACAACAAUUAGCCUUGAUUUUAGAGAAGGCUAACUUGUUUGAACAUGAAUAUUUGAAAGAUUUCAUUCACAAUCAAGCUAAACUGACAAGUUCUUCUUCCAUGCAAGAAGAAAUAGAAGAAUCCGAAACUAUUGAUGAGGUGAAACUAAUCUGCUCAAUGUUUUUCCUGGAACUCUCUGAUUGGUUCAAUGAAUUUGAGUUCACAAAUAGAAAAAAGAUUAACAAGUGGUUUGCUAAAGGACUCCAAUCUGACAUUAUUCCAAAAUAUGUAAUCAAGAUUUACAAGACGAAACGAGAUAAGUUAUCAAAGGCCAAUGAAGAAUUCAUAUUCAAAGAAGAUGAUUUAAAUCAAAAGCAUGUGAUUGCAUCUGACUGGAAUUAUACAAAUUUCAUUGGGAAAGAACAUUCCACAGAGUGGACCCUUACUUAUUCGAGAUGUCCUGAAACUUCCAUGUGGAUUUCAUCGGUUGACCGUUCGAGUGACAAGUUGGGAUUGAAAACUCUCAAAUCUGUAGGAUAUUUAGACACCUCAGUUGCAAAGAUUACGAAAGCAACUUGUAGUGAUGCUCAUUUCCAUCAAUUUUUCAAAGAAGCAAGGUUUCAUGAUUAUUCCUCGAUUGAUAAAUCUCAUUCCCAGAAGAAAUAUCCAUUAGUGUUCAUGUCUAAUAUCUUUAAGUUUGGCCCAAUGUUUAGCACUAGAGAACUCCAUUUGGUUUACUCAACUUUGGCCAAGUUUCAAUCAGACAAGAUGGUUGAGAGUUGCAUUUUGUUUAAAUCUCGUGAUUAUGUUUAUGUAAGUAAGGAUGUUUUAAAAGCUAACACAAAUGUAAUAGGGUUUGAAUGA